AUGGACGCAGACGGCUACGAUGACACGAAUCGCGCAUUUUUACAAGCCUUCAUGGCCCGCUCCUCCAUGACCCUCGAAGACGCCCAACCCAUCCUCGCAGCUAUCCUCUCCACUCAUGAGCACCGAACCAUCGACCCCGAAGACGUAACCCAAGAACACCUCUCAUCCUACAUCUCCGCCGCCAACACCGCCAUAUCCCCCUUCGACCUCGAAAUAAGAAGCACCCUCCGUCAAACCCAACCAGAUCCCUCCUCCCCCAAUGCUGCUGCCAAUGACACACCCCCAGACCGAGUCUACGCCCUGGUAAACACAACCAGCGACCCAAUAACCCAACUAUCAACAACCUACACCGCGGACGAAAUCGCCUUCGUAAAACGAAUCCUAGACUUCAUGUUCGACACCAACAACACACGCCUCUGCGAAGGAAUGGCCAUAUCAUCUAUCCAAGCAAUCCAACAAGCAAAAGUCUCCGCUGCAGACCACCGCCGCCAUUCGCAGAAUCCAGCAACGCAAGCAACGCAAGGCGGCGCGGCGCAAAGUCUUAGUAUGACGCAGGCGGAAAAUAUGAUGCGCCAUUUGGUUGACGAGGGAUGGUUGGAGAAAAGUCGUGCGGGCAUUUUCAGUUUGACGCCACGCGCGCUGAUGGAGUUGAGGGGAGGGAGGAAGGAGGAGGAGGAGGAGGAGGAGGAGGAGGAGGAGGAGGAGGUUCGAGACGUGCGCGAAGGAUCAAGUUUUGUGCUGCUUGGCCAACGGUGCGGUGAACGAGAUUGCAAGGGCAGACUGCAUGACCACUGCGUCCGCAAUUUCUUUCGUAUGCAACAGGCAGAGAAAUGUCCCGUUUGCAAGCAGGAUUGGCCGGGUGAUAAGUUUGUUGGAGAGAGGGCUAUUGUUGCGGCGAAUCGGCGACAGAGUCGAAAUGUGACUUCGAAUUCGAAUGCGAGUGCGAGUGCGAAUGUGUCGCGGGGGAGUGCGUCACUUUCGAGUCCUGCGCUUGGAGGAAUGGAAGGGGCUGAUGAGGAGGAGGAUGGUAUGGAAGAGGAGUGA